AUGACUUUAUUACCAUCUACACUCCCAUCUCCUUCACCUCCCCCGACUCUAACAAGAUGGUACAUUGACACCCGACCCCUAACGGCUUCUACCCAAUCCCUCCCCCUCCUGACCACCCUCCAAGAAUCAGACCAAACAACCAUAAAGGCCUUCCACCACCUCUCAGACCGCCAUAUGUCCCUCGCCUCCUAUCUGCUAAAAUAUCUCUUCAUCCACCGUACAUGUCAUGUCCCCUGGAAUCAAAUCAUUAUCAGCCGCACUCCAGCCCCGCAUAAAAGACCAUGCUAUGUACCCUUGGAGCAGCAGCAUCAACAACAACAACAGUGGUCAUCAGGAGGUGAUAGUAAAUAUAAAAACACCCCAACCGGGACCCCAACCAACAUCGAAUUCAACGUCAGCCACCAAACCUCCCUCAUUGCAUUGGCAGGAUGCGUCAUACCCACCCCACCCAGUGAUGAAAAUACGAUAGCUCAACCCUGCUUCAAAAGCGUAAACAACAAAACUAACACAGCCAACAACACCCCCCAAAUCGGCAUCGACAUAACCUGCACGAAUGACCCAUCCCGCCGUAACCGCGGGCCCCCAAAGACCAAAGCCGAACUGCACGCCUUCAUCGAUAUUUUCUCCGAGAUCUUUUCGCAGAACGAAUUGGAUGCCAUGAAGGCGGAUCCUAGAAGUAGCAGCAGCAACAUGAGCCUGCAAGACUACAUCACUAGCAGUCUCCGCCUCUUCUACACCUACUGGGCCCUAAAGGAAGCCUAUAUAAAAAUGACCGGCGAAGCCCUCCUGGCCCCCUGGCUGCGCGAUCUGGAAUUCAGGAACGUAGUUGUUCCGACUCCCCCGGCCAAACCUCCGCCAACGACUUCAACCUCAACCGCCUCGUUGGCCUGGGGCGUACCUGAGACCGGUGUCAGGGCCGUCAUGUAUGGUCAGGAGGUGCCUGAGGUGCGUUUGGAGGUUGUGGCGUGUGAGGAGGAGUAUAUUGUUGCGACGGCGGGGAGGGGGGGUGGAUUUGGGAAUUGUGUGGGUAGAGAGGAGGAUGGGGGAGGGAUGGGGAAGGUGAGGGCGAGGUGGGAGGAGUUUGUUCGUGUGGAUGUUGAGAGGGAUGUUGGGCCGUGUGCAAGGGGGGAGUGUGGGUGUUUAUAUUGA